AUGACUAAUGGCUUUUCAUCAACAAAACAACAGUACGAAGAUACUUUUUAUUGUCCGAGAAUUAUCACGACCACUACACAUACACUCGUUAUCCUAACACGAGCAGAUGAUCCAAUUGUUGGUAUUUGUCAUACAAUAGCUGGUGAAUCCAUCUGUGGAUCUGGUGUGAAUUAUCCAUCUACUGAAAUUCCAUCGGAUGCCAUUGACGGUUCAUUAACUACAAAAUAUCUCAAUUUUGGAGAUUCACUAUUCGAUGUUCUGAUUCAAGUUCUUCCGGAAUAA